CAUCAGCCUAAGAGGAAAAUUGUCAUUAAGCUAUGUAGUUUUACAGAUGUUUAAUGAUAUUUAAAGUAAUCCUUUAGUGACCGAUCUCAUUAAAUUUUGUAUCCGUUUCUUAAUAAAAAAUAAAAAACAUGGCCAAAGAAAAGAAAGCUAAGGAAAUUAUGAUUCAGGGCGUUAACGUGGCGAGUUUGAACGAAGCCAACCUAAAAGAACUGUUCCAGAAAAUGGACAACCAACUCAAAGAUCUGAAAGACAAUGAACUUAUGGAAAGACUCGAAACUGAUAUGGUAAAGAAAGCGCUUCAAAGUACUGCUGAAAGGUUGAAAAAGAUCGAGGUGGAGAAUAUGCUUCUCAAACAAGACUUAAUGGAGCAAAAGUCUAAAGGUGGAAGGAUAAAAGGUACGUCGUUCCAAGAAAGGAAAAAACCCCCGGGAGGAUGUUUCAAGCUUAUUGUCAACAACAGGAUGAUAGAUCCUGAGAAAGAAACAGAAACGGAAACUGUAGAAGUUAAAACGCCUCCGGAGAUUUCAGUCGUCCCGAGUAAACUUAUAGCCCCGGAAGAAAGUGUCGAAGAGCAGGUUUCGGAAAGCGAAGCAGAAGAGUCGGUAGAAAGUGAAAACGAAAUUAAUGAAGAAUUGUACAGCACAAAUCAAACUACCAUGGAAGAUAUUAUCGAAGAAGAAGAGACGCCGAAGACCACGUCGUCCGAAAAGGUACAAAGGCCUCCCGUGUUGCUCAACAGGCGUGACAGAUUGAAAGAAAUGGGUGUCCAACUCAAAUCUAUUGGCAUUGUAGUCGAUCCAAACGACCCGUCUUUUUAUAAAUCUGUCAAAGAAGAGAAAAUAAACGAAGUGACCCAAUUAAAACAAGAAAUCAAACUUUACGAGUACGAAUUAGCGAUGGCGUGUCAGGAGAUAGAGAAAGUGUUCAAAUCCCGGUUGUUAUAUUUCAACAGAAUAUGGUCGGAUGAAAUUAAAAGCAAGUUGUUACGAAGGAUUAAAAAAGCAGAGGCGAAAAGAGACCAAACCAACAACAUGAUCCAGGAGAAUGUGAGGUGGAUGGAAAAUAAAAGGGAACGCGAUAGAAAAAAGCUGAGAGCGAAACUUAUUAAUCUAGAUCAAACAAGAACGAAGAUGAUCGAAGACAGGUACAAACGCAAGGAGGAGUACAUAAAAGACAAAUUUCACAUGGAAAAAAUGAUGGUUACAGAAAGCUAUGACACGGUAAUUAAGCAGCUCAAGGAAAACCACAACAUCGUCUACGUGAACACGCAGCAAUUCUUCAGGGACACCGCCGAGAAUGAUAUUUUACUUAUAAUCUCUCUUAAAAAUGAGUUGAAGACCCUUCAAGCGAACAUGGAUAAGAUGGACGAAGAGAUCGCACGGAUGAAGAAUGGGAUAAAAAAGAUCAAAGGGCCUUUGGAAGAGAGUGAAAAGGAGACCAGGUGGAUGGAGACGUUUGUAGCCGCGAUAGCGAAAGACACUAAAAGCAUGGCUUGCCAUGAGAAAUACAACGAAGAACUUCAAAAGACAAUCGACGAGAUACAGAACGAAUGCGUAGCUUUGGAAGAAGACAUCAAAUUGAAAGACAAAACGUACGAAGCCACGAUUAAACUGAAAGACAACGUUGCCGAAUGGAGUGCCAGGUACAAAGACUCCAACGCUUUCGUCAAGCUCAUGAAAGACGCUUAUAAGUUCGAUGCUAAGAAAAUAGAAAGAAUGGAGAACACUCUCAUAUCGAAAGGGCUCAUCCUUCCGAAGCACAUACCACUCAUUCGGAACCUCGUCCACAAAAAAGUGGAAGCGGCCAAAAAAAUCCAGUUCGCACGUCAGAAAGAGGUGAAAGCUUUCAAUGAACUGAUCCACCAGUUGGAGAUUAGAUCAGCCAAUCUUUUGGUGGAUUCUUGGCCGAAAAUCUACAGAAUGGGCGGGGUACCUUACAGGAAAACCCCUGCCAAUUUAUUAGCGACCUACGAUUCCUCGCAAAAGUUUAAAAAACGCCAAUCUAAUCAGUUCGGGGAUUUCAUGUCAGUCAAAAAGAUAUGAAUUUUCCUAUGUAAAAAAAAUGUUAUCAACAAUUAUUAAACAAUUUUUAAAUUGACCGGAACAACGUACAAAACAACCCUGUUAUUUUCCACCAACAUACUGUAACUAGAAAGAAUAUUGACAAAAACAAAUACUAAUCUAUUAGUAUCACGAAUUAGGAUUGAGAACAAAUAGACCACCUCUAAAAACAAGAAACACAUUAAUAAAUUUUAUGCUGUAAAGGUCGAA